AGUUGAACUCGGUUCUUCCCAAUUAACAAAUCCAAAUCCAAAUCCAAAUCGUGGAUCAAAGCUGAAACAUUUGCAUCAAUUUUGUUCCCUUAGAAAUGGUUAUGAUCUUGGUUUUGCAGUCCCUGAUAUCCUUCUGCAGAUUCUAGAUCUGUGAUAGAUUGCAGUAAUUUGAAGCAAAUCUGAGAAGAAGAAGAAGAAGAAGAAGUCAUGUAUAUGGCAUAUGGGUGGCCUCAGGUGAUCCCUCUUGAGCAGGGACUGUGUCCCUCUGCACAGAAGAUUGUGUACCUCAAAGUUAUCAAUCGUUUGUUGCUUGUUGUCUCUCCCACUCACUUUGAACUUUGGAGCUCUUCCCAGCAUAGAGUGAGAUUGGGGAAGUACAAGAGAGAUUCGGAUUCAUUGCAGAGGGAAGGAGAAAACUUGCAGGCUGUGUGGAGCCCUGAUGCCAAAUUGAUCGCUAUUCUUACAUCUUCUUUCUAUCUUCACAUUUUUAAGGUCCAGCUCUCUGAUAAAAGAAUACACAUUGGUGGGAAGCAACCCUCUGCUUUAUGCCUAGCUACUAUAUCUCUUCUGCUUACUGAGCAAGUUCCUUUUGCAGUAGAGGAUUUAUCGGUGAGCAAUAUUGUUAGUGAUAACAAACAUAUGCUGCUUGGACUUUCUGAUGGAACUUUAUACAGUAUGUCUUGGAAGGGGGAGUUCUAUGGGGCUUUCCAAUUUGAUCCACAUCCUCCUGCGAGCUUUGAUGAUUCUCAAAUACCACUUCUAGACAAUGGUUUUUCUCCUAAAGGUCAUCCAAAGGUUCUUAAUUCCAAUCACAUUAUUCCUAGAAACUCUGAAAUCAACCAGCUGGAGCUUUGUCUUCCAUUGAGGUUGCUAUUAGUCUUGUAUUCUGACGGGCAACUCGUGUCAUGUUCCAUAAGUAAGAAAGGUUUAAAGCAAGUUGACUGUAUUAAAGCAGAAAAGAGGUUGGCUUGUGGUGAUGCUGUAUGUGCUUCAGUAGCUCUUGAGCAGCAAAUUCUAGCUGUGGGUACCAGAAGAGGAACAGUGGAGUUGUAUGAUUUGGCUGAAUCAUCAUUGCUUAUACGUUCAGUCUCUUUGUAUGACUGGGGAUAUUCAGUGGAGGACACUGGCCCUGUUAGUUGCAUUGCUUGGACACCUGAUAAUUCUGCUUUUGCAGUUGGGUGGAAGUUAAGGGGGCUUACAGUUUGGUCUGUUUCUGGGUGUCGCUUGAUGUCAACAAUUAGACAAAUAGGUUUAAGUUCUGUAUCUUCUCCAAUUGCUAAGCCAAACCAUGAUUGUAAGUACGAACCAUUGAUGGGUGGUACCUCACUGAUGCAGUGGGAUGAAUAUGGAUAUAGACUUUAUGCUAUCGAGGUGGGAUCUUCUGAGAGAAUUCUUUCUUUCUCAUUUGGAAAAUGCUGUCUUAGUAGAGGUGUUUCAGGCACUACAUACAUCCAGCAAGUGAUUUAUGGGGAAGACCGGUUACUCAUCGUGCAGUCAGAAGAGACUGAAGAACUUAAAAUGCUACAUAUUAACCUUCCAGUUAUGUCUUUGAUUGUUUCUUAUAUUUCCCAAAACUGGCCUGUUCAACAUGUGGCAGCUAGCCAGGAUGGAAUGUACUUAGCUGUUGCUGGUCUUCAUGGUUUGAUAUUGUAUGAUAUACGUUUGAAAAGAUGGAGAGUAUUUGGAGAUGUCACCCAGGAGCAAAAGAUUCAGUGUAAAGGUUUGUUAUGGCUGGGGAAGAUUGUCGUUGUCUGCAACUAUAUUGAUUCUUCCAACACGUAUGAAUUGCUCUUUUACCCAAGAUAUCACCUUGAUCAAAGCUCAUUGCUCUGUCGAAAACCAUUGCUUGCUAAACCAAUGGUGAUGGAUGUGUACCAAGAUUAUAUACUGGUUACAUAUAGACCAUUUGAUGUCCACAUAUUCCAUGUGAAAUUAUUUGGUGAAUUGUCUCCUUCAGGAAAUCCAGAUUUACAGCUUUCUGCAGUACGAGAACUUUCAAUUAUGACUGCCAAGAGCCAUCCUGCAGCAAUGCGAUUCAUUCCUGAUCAACUUCCAAGAGAAUCUAUAUCAAACAAUUACAUUUCAUCUUCAUCAGAUUCAUUAACAAGAGAGCCAGCAAGAUGUUUGAUAUUGAGGGCAAAUGGGGAGCUUUCGCUUCUUGAUUUGGAUGAUGGACGGGAGAGAAAUCUUACUGAUUCAGUUGAACUAUUUUGGGUCACCUGUGGCCAGUCUGAGGAUAAGGCGAAUUUGAUUGAGGAAGUUUCAUGGUUAGAUUAUGGUCAUCGAGGCAUGCAGGUUUGGUAUCCAUCUCCAUGUGCUAAUUCUUUCAAGCAGGAGGAUUUCUUGCAGUUGGAUCCGGAGCUUGAGUUUGAUCGGGAAGUAUACCCUCUGGGACUUCUUCCAAAUGCUGGUGUAGUUGUUGGUGUUUCCCAGAGAAUGUCAUUUUCAGCAAGUGCAGAAUUUCCAUGUUUUGAGCCAUCUCCUCAAGCACAAACAAUACUGCACUGUCUGCUCCGUCAUCUUCUUCAGAGGGACAAAAUUGAGGAAGCUUUAAGGCUGGCAGAGCUAUCAGCAGAGAAGCCUCAUUUUUCACACUGUCUAGAGUGGCUUCUUUUUACAGUAUUUGAAGCAGAUAUAUCCAGUUGCCAAUUGGAUUUUGUCCUAGUGUUUAAUUUUCAUGCCAAUUACUCCAGGCCAAAUGUAAACAAGAACCAGGUCUCAGUUCUUAAACAUGCUAAAAGAACUCUUUUGGAGAAGACCUGUGAUUUGAUCAGAAAUUUUCCAGAGUACCUAGAUGUUGUUGUAAGCGUCGCAAGAAAAACUGAUGGUCGUCAUUGGGCAGAUUUAUUCUCUGCUGCUGGAAGAUCAACAGAAUUGUUUGAGGAAUGCUUUCAGCGUAGAUGGUAUCGCACUGCAGCUUGCUAUAUACUUGUAAGAAUAACUUGCACUUUUCAAUCGGUCUCUUUAUAUGUAGAAACAUUAUCACUCUAUCAUUUCUUGCUUUCUUGUAUUUCUUUUCUGUAUCUUUUAUCAGUGAUUGCUAAACUUGAAGGCCCUGCUGUAAGUCAGUACUGUGCUUUGCGGUUAUUGCAGGCAACACUUGAUGAAUCUUUGUAUGAGCUUGCUGGGGAGCUGGUGAGGUUCUUGCUAAGAUCUGGUAGAGAAUAUGACCAAGCAUCAACCGAUUCAGAUAAACUUUCUCCCAGAUUUUUGGGCUAUUUCCUUUUUCGUUCUAGUGAGCAGAAGCAGUCAUUGGAUAAAAGCACCUCAUUCAAGGAACAAAGUGCUCAUGUUGCCUCGGUUAAGAAUAUUUUAGAAAACCAUGCUAGUUACCUGAUGUCAGGGAAAGAGCUCUCCAAGCUUGUUGCAUUUGUGAAAGGCACUCAGUUUGACUUAGUGGAGUAUCUACAACGAGAAAGAUACGGGAGUGCUCGGCUGGAGAAUUUUGCUUCAGGACUUGAACUACUAAGCCAAAAGCUUCAAAUGGGAACAUUACAGAGCCGGUUGGAUGCUGACUUUCUCCUGGCUCAUAUGUGCUCGGUCAAGUUUAAGGAAUGGAUAGUUGUCCUGGCUACUCUCUUAAGACGUUCCGAGGUUCUUUUUGACUUAUUCCGUCAUGAUGAUCGGUUGUGGAAAGCUUACUGCACCACCCUGCAGUCACACCCGGCAUUUACUGAAUAUCAAGAUUUGCUGGAGGACCUGGAACAGAAACUUUCAUCGGUUGCAAAUGUGGAAGAAAAUUAAAAGUGAGUAUAGAUUUCACAUCUGGACUGUGUGGAAGUAAUCUACUUGGGUAGGUUUCACCUCUCUGCCCACAUGACAUUAUGAUGGAUCAUGUCACACGUAAGGACCAUGCAUCCUUUCCCUUGGAUUUGAUUGUGGGAACCAGAAAACUACAUUUAUGUGCUGGUUUACCAUGAUCUUGUGGUAACAAAUUUAUUAUUCUAUGGUGCUAAUCCAAUGAAUCCCGAAUAGUACUUGUAGAUAGAGGUUAGAAAUAUCUUUAGGGAGGCUUGUGCAUGUCUGAGGAUUCAUUAUUCUUUUCACUUUUUAAUCCACAUUUUGUAAUAUGUGUUUUUGUAAAAAAGCAUCAACAGAUCCAUCUGUGUAUAUAUUAGUUAUAUGCUCUUGAUCAGCUCAACAUUCAUAGUGGAAUUUAUGCACUUGUUUUUUCUCC